AUGGACAAAAACAUCCAACAAAGAGUUCGUCUUAAAUUUUACAUCGCCAAUGGAAUUUCGUGUUCGGAGACACUGAAAAUGUUACAGAAGGCAUAUGGUGAAUCGACUUUAUCAAAAACACGUGCUUAUAAGUGGUACAAAGCGUUCAAAAAUGGUCGAGAUGUGAUGGAAGAUUUGCAAAGAUCUGGUAGGCCAUCAACGUCUGCAACUGAAGUUAACAUUGCAAAAGUGAAGGAAAUAGUGACUGAAAAUCCUCAUGCAAGUUUGAGAGAGAUGGCCGCCUAUCUUUCUGUAUCUCACGAGUCGGGUCCGUACCAUUUUAAGUAA